GUCACGAACAUCAAUGCAUUCAUAUUAGUAUGCUAACACAGCCAGAGCAUCAUACGUUUCAUGUGCUUCUCAGAUAAAACAACGUGCUUGAAUAGAUUUUGUUUGUAAGGCUGUUUAGUUUAAUAUUGUUGUGUGGAUUAACUUUAUUUAAUUAAGAUGCCAGCCAGUGUUUUUACGGAUAUGAACACAAACGCACAGCUUGUUGAAGACCAGCGAGCUUUACAGCUUGCAUUUGAACUUUCGUUAUUGGGAAUCAGUGGUGAUGAUGAUGCGAUGCCUGUAAAUAAUGGCAACCUUUCUCCCCAGAGUUUCGCUGAAGAGCAAGCUAAACGACGCAGUGCCAACAUGACCGAGUGUGUGCCCGUCCCAAGCUCAGAACAUGUGGCGGAAAUCGUGGGUAGACAAGGAUGCAAAAUCAAGGCACUGCGUGCUAAAACCAACACCUAUAUUAAGACACCAGUCCGUGGGGAAGAGCCUGUGUUUGUGGUAACUGGUCGGAAGGAUGAUGUCCAGGCUGCCAAACGAGAGAUCCUCUCAGCAGCUGAGCACUUCAGUCAGAUCAGAGCCUCCCGUCGUAACUCCAGUGUUUCGAGCAUCACUAGCAAUGGUCUGUCAGGUCCGCCAAGCCCAAAUGCGCCCGGACAAGUCACUAUCCAGGUGCGAGUGCCAUACAGAGUUGUGGGACUUGUCGUCGGUCCUAAAGGAGCAACCAUCAAGAGGAUCCAGCAACAGACCCACACUUACAUCGUCACCCCUAGCCGUGACAAAGAGCCUGUAUUUGAAGUAACAGGUCUCCCAGAGAAUGUUGAAAAAGCCAGGCAUGAAAUUGAGAGCCACAUUGCUCUUAGAACAGGUGGUGUUGUUGACAACCAGCCAGAUGAUGACUUCCAUCGUAAUGGGAUUGACUCUGGUUUCCAGGAGCUGAAUGGUUCCAACAGUGAGUUGAUAAGCUCUAUCUUUAACAAAACCAAUGGACUGUCUGCCUUCACUGCGUACAACAACGCUCUUAAUGGACUUACCAGGAGACCAGAAACAGUGUUUAAUUUCCCUCCUGUGAACAGCACAUCCAAGAUCACCGAAUACAAUGGACAAAUGAAUGGUUUCAAUCUUCCCUUUACUGGGUUCCCAAACAUCUAUGACAAUUUGAAUGAUGAAGGCAUUGGCUCGCCAACCUUUGAAAAUGUUGGUAAUGUUUGGUCAGAUAUGAACGACAACCAGAGCCUAGUAUUCGGCCAGAACGGUUCAAGCCACAAUCACACAAAUGGAUUUAUGGCCAACUCAAGAGUAUCGCCAACCUCCAGCGAAAUGUCAACAGGAUCAAGUGCUACAGGAACCAAUUCCACCUCCCAUUCCCCACCGUCAGAGCACCCGACAGUUAGGAGGAUCCGGAGUGACCCACUGGCAAGUGCUUUCACCCCCUUUAACCUCCAGACCGAGCUCUCAUUCCCUCCAACAUCUGUGGCCACAUCUGUAGACAUGAGGAAGGGAGGCAGCAAUGGAAAUGGACGCAAUGAAAUCCGUGGAAAUGGACGCUCUGAACCUCGCAACUCCACAUCAAGUGCUAAUGUCAGCCCUUUGGGACCUUGCGCAGACUUGCUGAGGAGGAACUGCAUCAUGUGCUCAGAAAGUGAAGUUGUGGCAGCCCUUGUUCCUUGUGGACAUAACUUUUUCUGCAUGGAGUGCGCUAGCCUCAUUGUUGAGAAACCGAUCAGGGCUUUGGACAGGAUCUGCCCUGUGUGUCGCCAGGAACCCUCACAAGCAAUCAGAAUCAUCUCAUAAAACAUUAGCAGACAGUACAAACAUAUACAACAACAUUCUCCCCCAAAAUCCAGGACAUGUGCCAAUUUUUGUGAAUUGUGGGUAUUGAUAUGACGUUGAAGUUCUCUGAAUUCCUCUGCAGCAGCAGACAUUAGUGUAGUUGAAUUAUGCUGGAAUUUCCAGCUUGGCUCCCUGGAUUAUGGUAGAAGCUGGUUGAGAUGCAGAGAUAUUUAUCCACUAACAUCUUCUAUUUAUACUGGAUUGUGUACUCCUCCAAUAAUCAAUGAUGUCUGCAAGCACACUAGCAUUACUUUGGUUUAAUAUAAGCUUACAAAUGGUUCCACACAAAUCAACUUAUUAUGUAUGGUUUGUUGAACCUAUUAAGUUUCUGAAAACUGUUUUCUGUAAUUAUUAACUAAUACAAUUGAUUUUUCUCAAUUGAAAAGGCACAUGUUUGAAGUUAGUAUCAGUAUGUAUGGUGUACAUUCCUUUAUUACUUUGAUAAUAUACUUACCCCUAUAAUGUAGGUGUAAAAUGCACAUUAAUUUCUUGAUAUUAUAUAAUGUCCAGGUUGGUUUGUUAAUGUGGAUGAUUUUGACAUUUAACUUACAAUAACUCUGGUAGUUUUCUCAUUAAUUUAAAUUUACAGAGAUUGUUUUGUAUUCAUGUUGUUCAUUAUAGAUAUACAAGUCUGAAGUCCUUUUAUACUUGUGACAAUAUAAUCCAUAUACUGUGAAGUAUUAUUAUUGAUUAUUAUUAAUGAAUUUUAUAUUUGAACAAAUUAUAUAACAAUUACAUGUUAUAGUAUUUUAUCCAUUGUUUAAAUAUAUGUAUAUUUGUUGCAUUGUUCCAUGGCAAAUGGUCCAAGAGUUAUCUGUUUAUUUUUUUCUGAGCAGAAGAAAACACUUAUUUUUGUAUAAAGUUAAAUGGAAUGUAGAUGUUGGUUUCAUUAGAAAUGAUAUCGAAUAAGAAAUGUUAGUUUUCCUUGAUAAAAUUCCAGAUAUUUUUUUUGCUUAAAAAACUCCCAGGGAGGAAAAAUGUGUCUCAUGAUGUCUUACAGAAGUCUGGAUAGGCUGAUUUGCCAUUGGUGUUAUAUAUCCCAGAUAUGCCUAUAGCCUCAUUAUGCUAUAUGUUUUCAACUUCUGUGUAUGUACAAAGUGUAUAUUGUAGUUCAAAUAGUCAAAUAUAUAUUUUUCGUUUUUUGGUAAAAUUUAAGCUUUAUUUUUGUUCUAAAGAUAUAUUAAAGAGUAAUAUAUUGGAGGUUUAUAUUAUGUAAUAUAUAUUUUUUCAAUGUAUGACAAAAUAGAUCUGUUUCAUUGUAAGUUGACAGUUAACUUUGUUGUGUAUCCGUCAUAAUAUUCCCUCUCAUUACUCAUUAGCCAUUAGCGUCUGUAUUCUUUGUAAUUCAACCUUGAACUAAUGCUUUUACUUCUCCUAGAAUCUGUCAUCAACACUGCCUGCAUAUUAAUAUGAGGCCAUAAACAGUAUGUGUUAAAGACACAUUGUAAAUACAUUUAAAGUGUGAAAAUUGCUUGUGUGAAAUAUCCGUAACUGCAAGUUUGCUUCUUUUCUGUUGCCAAUUAUACAAUUAUUUUUCUUGCGUAAAUAACUAAGUUAAUUUAGUGGGCUUCCAUUUAUAUCCAUGUGAAUUAUGGCACAUUAACAUCUGGCUACAGCUAGUAUUUAAUUAUGAAACAGUUUUGGUAUAUUUUUCACAUGAUGUCAUACAGAAGUAAAACCAUUUAAUGACUAGUAGCAAGUUAUUACAUAAAAUGUGAGAAAGAUUUACAUUCAGAGUCAGAGAGAGAGAGAGAGGGGGGGGGGGGGGCAUAAGAGGCAUACACUGAGCUGAUUUGACUUGACUUCAAACUUGGGGCACUUACAGUUCCCUGUUUGUAAACAUUAACACCUGUAACUGAUCACUCACAGUAUUUUCAUUUCAUUGAUCAUUAAAAACCUUUCCCCCUGCAUUUUAUAGAUUAUGUAAUGUUUAAACAUGUAUACAUUCAUGGAAACAGAAGGAUCACAAUCUAUCUAUGCAUUGUUUUGAAAUUAAAUUGUUGAUGCACCUUUAAGAUAUUAUUAGUCACUUUCGUGUGUAUGCGUGUAGUCAUUUUUUAUAUUGUCUAUCAUGCUACAGCACUAGUGUAAGGACCUGACUAUUCUAUUUUUAUUCAGAUUUUAAACAGAUGUACAACUAUCAUGCCUGUUAUACAGCAGUGUUCUAUAAUUCAUUUAUGUAAAUAGACUGUCUCAUGAUAAAAGAUUAUGCAAUUUGGGAGAAGACUAGACAAUAUGAAAGGUUGCAACGAAAUCACCCAACCCUCCUGCCCUCUAUUCUACCAUAGUAAUCAUCUAAAAACUAUCGCCAGCUUCUUUGAAGUGUUGUUUUUUAUGGGACCCAAUAUGUCAUACAUAUUAUUUGUCUGAAGCCUCACAGCAGUUUUCAAUAAUAUAUGCAAGUCUUUCAAACUAAGAAGUUUCUCUUUCCAAAAUGAACUGUUGCAAUUAUGGUUCACCUAUACUAAAUGUUAUGUUUAUUUAUCUUUCUGUAAGUUAAUACUCAUAUGUUUAGCAAACCCUUUGUCUUAUUUUGUUUCUUUGUAUUUGCUAAGAAAUGGCACAAUGCGACAUGUUGCUUUUAAAAAAAUAUUUGUGACUACUACGUUUGUGAUUUUCUUUGAUUAUUUUUACUCAAAUACAAAAAUUGUUUUUAUUUUGUUGGAAUUUUGUAUAAUUAUUUUAUGGCUGUGUAGGGUUUUUAGAAAACCAGUGUACAAACGUUAUUGAUAAUUAUGUAUUUCUAUAUGCAAUGUUUUAGUUGUGAGGGAAAAUUGAGCAGUGAACUUUUAACAUCAUUUACUGGUUUUAUGUACGUUUUAGGAACAUUUUCGAAAAGACGUCUUUAUGUCCAUGAAUUUUUCUUAGAAUUGAAUAUGUACAUGCACUUUUUAUUAGCGCCUUUAUUCCAUUCUUACAAACAAUGAUAUUAACUGGAAAAAAACCAUCUUUAAUUAUUAGCCAUAAUGAAUGUUUUUUACCUUAUACUUAACUAUGCAUCAAUUUGUUUCCCUUAUAUAAUGCCAGACAUUUGCUUUGUUAAUUUAACUUUUUUGUUAUUAACUAAAUGUGCGAAGUUGCUGAAAUGUUGUUAUAGCUUAGAUAUUUCUAUUUUAUUAUUUCGUAUAUCCUUUAUUGACUUACGCCGUAUGCAAGUACCACUGUCUGUGUGUGUACUCGAGAUUGGUACCCGGGCAGGAUCAGUGGAGUCAGUGGAGCUGACCGUAUACAUAGUUUUUUUAUUUCAAGGCCAAAGCGUGUGGCCAAAACUUUAUAUUAAACUAUAUUUGCAGAUUAUGUACAAUUACAAAUCAAUUGUAAAAUUUUAUUUUCUGCUAUUAAAAUUAAUAAAAAAUA